AUGACUGCUGUCACUGCAGCCAACGUGAACUUCAAAUGGGACCCCAAGAGCCUGGAAAUAAGGACACUAGCAGUGGAAAGGCUGCUUGAACCUCUUGUUACACAGGUAACAACACUGGUUAACACCAGCAACAAGGGCCCCUCCAAUAAAAAGCGAGGCCGUUCUAAAAAGGCCCAUGUCUUGGCUGCUUCAGUUGAACAAGCAACAGAGAAUUUCCUGGACAAAGGAGACAAAAUUGCAAAGGAGAGCCAGUUCCUGAAGGAGGAGCUGGUGGCAGCUGUGGAAGAUGUUCGCAAGCAAGGUGACCUGAUGAAGAGUGCCUCGGGGGAGUUUGCAGAUGACCCCUGCUCGUCGGUGAAGCGUGGGAACAUGGUGCGGGCUGCACGUGCCCUGCUCUCGGCCGUCACCCGCCUGCUCAUCCUGGCUGACAUGGCAGACGUCUACAAGCUGCUUGUGCAGCUCAAAGUUGUGGAAGAUGGUCUCUUGAAACUAAGAAAUGCUGGCACAGAGCAGGACUUGGGUAUCCAGUACAAAGCCCUCAAACCAGAAGUGGACAAGCUUAAUAUAAUGGCAGCCAAAAGACAACAGGAGCUGAAAGAUGUGGGUCACCGCGAUCAGAUGGCAGCAGCCAGAGGGAUCCUGCAGAAGAACGUGCCCAUCCUGUACACAGCAUCCCAGGCCUGCCUGCAGCACCCCGACGUGGCUGCCUACAAAGCCAACAGGGACCUGAUCUACAAGCAGCUGCAGCAGGCGGUCAACGGCAUCUCCAACGCCGCCCAGGCCACGGCCUCGGACGAUGCUGGCCAGCAGCAAGGCGGGGGUGGAGAGCUGGCCUAUGCCCUCAACAACUUCGAUAAACAAAUCAUCGUGGACCCAUCGACAUUCAGCGAGGAGCGGUUCCGGCCGUCCCUGGAGGAGAGGCUGGAGAGCAUCAUCAGCGGGGCAGCGCUCAUGGCAGACUCGUCCUGCACGCGCGACGACCGCCGCGAGCGCAUCGUGGCAGAGUGCAACGCCGUGCGCCAGGCGCUGCAGGACCUGCUCUCCGAGUACAUGGGCAACGCUGGCCGCAAGGAAAGGAGUGAUGCCCUGAACUCUGCCAUUGAUAAAAUGACCAAGAAGACCAGAGACCUGCGCAGGCAGCUCCGCAAAGCUGUUAUGGACCAUGUUUCAGACUCUUUUCUGGAAACAAAUGUUCCUCUUUUAGUAUUGAUUGAAGCUGCCAAGAAUGGGAAUGAGAAAGAAGUUAAAGAAUAUGCCCAGGUUUUCCGUGAACAUGCCAACAAAUUGAUUGAGGUUGCCAACUUGGCCUGCUCCAUCUCCAACAACGAGGAAGGUGUGAAAUUGGUUCGUAUGUCAGCCAGCCAGCUGGAGGCCCUGUGUCCCCAGGUCAUCAACGCUGCACUGGCUCUGGCUGCUAAACCCCAAAGCAAACUGGCUCAAGAAAACAUGGAUCUGUUCAAGGAGCAGUGGGAGAGGCAAGUCCGUGUGCUGACGGAUGCCGUGGAUGACAUCACCUCCAUCGAUGACUUCCUGGCUGUGUCAGAGAAUCACAUUUUAGAAGAUGUGAACAAAUGUGUCAUUGCUCUCCAAGAAAAGGAUGUGGAUGGCUUAGACCGCACGGCCGGAGCCAUCCGGGGCCGCGCCGCCCGCGUCAUCCACGUGGUCACCUCGGAGAUGGACAACUAUGAACCUGGAGUGUACACUGAGAAGGUGCUGGAAGCCACCAAGUUACUGUCCAACACAGUCAUGCCCCGAUUCACGGAGCAAGUGGAAGCUGCGGUGGAAGCGCUGAGCUCCGACCCUGCCCAGCCCAUGGAUGAGAACGAGUUCAUCGACGCCUCCCGCCUGGUGUACGACGGCAUCAGGGACAUCAGGAAAGCCGUGCUGAUGAUCCGGACUCCUGAAGAGUUGGAUGAUUCUGACUUUGAGACCGAGGAUUUCGAUGUCCGAAGCAGAACCAGUAUCCAGACUGAGGAUGAUCAGCUCAUUGCUGGGCAGAGUGCAAGGGCUAUCAUGGCUCAGCUCCCUCAGGAGCAGAAAGCCAAGAUUGCUGAGCAGGUCGCCAGCUUCCAGGAGGAGAAGAGUAAAUUGGAUGCUGAGGUGUCAAAGUGGGAUGACAGUGGCAAUGACAUCAUUGUCCUGGCCAAACAGAUGUGUAUGAUUAUGAUGGAAAUGACAGACUUCACCAGGGGCAAAGGUCCACUGAAGAACACAUCAGAUGUGAUCAGUGCAGCCAAGAAGAUUGCAGAGGCUGGGUCCAGGAUGGACAAGCUGGGCAGGACCAUUGCUGACCACUGCCCGGACUCAGCGUGCAAGCAGGACCUGCUGGCGUACCUGCAGCGCAUCGCGCUCUACUGCCACCAGCUCAACAUCUGCAGCAAGGUGAAGGCUGAGGUGCAGAACCUGGGCGGGGAGCUCGUCGUCUCUGGGGUGGACAGUGCCAUGUCCCUGAUCCAGGCAGCCAAGAACCUGAUGAACGCCGUGGUGCAGACGGUCAAGGCUUCCUACGUGGCAUCCACCAAGUACCAGAAGUCCCAGGGCAUGGCCUCCCUCAACCUCCCGGCCGUCUCCUGGAAGAUGAAGGCUCCAGAGAAGAAACCCCUGGUCAAGAGGGAGAAACAGGACGAGACCCAGACAAAAAUCAAGAGGGCAUCCCAGAAGAAGCACGUGAACCCUGUGCAGGCCCUCAGCGAGUUCAAGGCCAUGGAGAGUAUCUAGAGGAGAGCUCUGGCUCAGGGGUGUUUUUCUCUAGCCCACUACUGCUACUUCCAGAACUGUACUUUUAAUACCCUAAGGAUUUUUGCAAAAAAUUGCUAUUCCUCCAAAUGUAUUUACUUAAUAUAAUUUUGGUAACUUUGUUUAGAUUACCUGGGGAGAUACUCAGAUUUCUAAGUCCUAUCAGUAUAUCUUCAGCCUGCAGAAGUGUGGUAAUUUAGAUGGCUUUUAGGUUACAGGGGUGGAUUUCUAGUUGAAAACUUUUUUAUAAUCUUGCUUUAAAUGAAAUAUCCUAUAACCAAAGAGGAUUUUA